GUUCCAGUACUUUUCGAUACAGCUGUUUUCCUCAGAAGUCGCCAUUUACCAAGAAACAUACAAAUCUCGUAGUCGUUCUUUUCCAGUGUUUUCCGUAGAAUAAAUUCCAUAAGGAAAAAGGUUUUUAUAAGCUGGUACUGAAAAGCGUUCAUCGUUUUUAAAUUAUCUUUCUUUUGGUGAAAUCCCUUAGACAUAAUAGGAUUAGGGCCCAGCUCGAACGAUCUACGAGAAAUUAGAUUGAAAGCUCUAAAAAAUAUUUCUUUUUUGACAAAGCGAUACUAUUUUUCCAUUGAGCUUGCUGAUCCUGAACUUAUAGCAGAAACUCAUAACACUUGCUUCCUUUAUGUCACUUUCUAGGUACAUAAGAAAGUGCUAUAAUUUUGCUUUAGGCACAUCCAUUCCAGUACUCGCUUUAUUUUAUGCAGAUUCAAGUUUAAGAGCAGCUAUCUCCAGGUUUACUGAGCAACGCGAAUUGCAACUCUUAUACAGUCAAAGUUUUCAAAAAGCUCUGUCGGAUGGUCAAAGUAGCUCAUGUUUUGUUUUCAAUGCCAUAGCUAAUGAAAUUGAGGAUCAGCUUCCACUCCAUUUAAUUGUUCAAAAACUCAGGAAGUCUCGCUCCUCUGACCAAGAUGGAGAAGAGAAGCUUUCCCUUUGGAAUGAGCUAAAGUUACAGUCCGUUGUACGACUUUUGACGACUUUAUCUGUGAUGGCAGAAUGCAAUGUCCUGACGAAGACCUCUCUGACGAUCUUGGGACGCAAGAACUUUUGCUUAAAUGCUUCUAGAAAAUAUGAUGCAACCUUUAAUAAUAAUACUUUUAGGGAAGAUUCUGUGGAAGAUCCUGCCAUUCUUAUGGGAAUUGUUUACAUUUUGGUAAAAAAGCAACUUCCCUUUUUGGUUGAACAGGUUUCUUCUUCAGUCCAUAGAUUAUUUGAAAGUAUUUCUCCUACAGACAUUAUGAAAACAGACGAUGUCUAUGCUUUAUUAGAAGGGGCAGUCAGUGAUUUGUCUCUAUAUUACUCAUUUCAGUUUUCUAAAGAUCGUGAAGAGAUUCUUGCUGAAAUAUCAAAGAAAUAUGUUGUCACCGGUGGCAUCUUGCAAUUGCUGGAUGAACUUGAAGAUUUUAUAACAGAAACUGAUGCCAAAAUCAUUAUUUCCCACCAGAUACAAUUAUUAUUAUCUCAUCUAAAGACUUUCCUUCCUUCUGGUUCGGAAGAGGGAUUCAGAUUAGCCAAAAUGCUAAGCUUCUUUACAAAAUUCAAUAACACAAUUACCGAAUUGCCUAUCAAGGAAAGCUUUUUUGAAUCUGUUUCUCAUGACUCUCAUACAAGGGCAUUUGCAUCAAUUAUCUAUUCAAGUUUUGAUGAGGAGUAUUCAGCUGUUAAAGAUUCUACUAUAUAACAGACUGUGUCUCCCCUGCCAUAGGUCUAAUGGAUACCAAGAUUGGGCUGUAUCUUCUAAUUGUAGACGUAAUGCAACGUUUAAUGACUCUUGCAAAAGUGUUUCGGUUUGGGGGUGUACUAGAGUGGACACAUACUGGAAAGAACUUAAUACGUCUAGUCGAACAGCAGCGGAGCAUAUAGAUUUUGCAUGAUUUAAUAGAUAUAAAUAACAUGU